AUGGCGGACGGAGGUCCCCAAAAGCCCGGAGGGGACGAACCCUUCUGCACCAACUGCGGCGUGGUUGGCCACUUGCCUACUAUCUAUUGCCCUAGCAAGAGACGUGAACGAACAGCCGGAUCUGAGGCCCAGCUGAGCUCGGCGCAAGACGCCCAGAGAAGUGGCAGGGACCGUAACCGUGGUGGGAGGAAGCGUUACGCUCCCCCUGUUAUCAACCGGUAUACACGUCCAGGAACGCAAGAUACUUCAAGCUUUCCUCCUCCUGUAUUCAAUCAGGCGCAUCCAGCGUCAUAUGGAGCGCAACAGCCUCCGUUUGUGCCUACCCCACCCCCGAGCUUCAAUCCAUAUCACCCCCAGUCACAGUAUCCUGCAGGUCAAUACCCUCUGGAAUAUCCAAAUGUCUUUCCUGCACCUCAUCCACCUCAGUCAUAUGGGCCUCCUCCAGCCGGUCCCCAACUGACAGAUAUGCCUGGCAACCUUCCGCCAGGACCGCCCUUGGGGCCUCCACCGCCGCCGUUGCAGGUUCACCAGGGCGGUUUCCAACCCCAAACACCGGCGCCUCUCUACUCUCAGGUUCCUGGUAGCUACCCAGCUCCUCAGCCAGUCUACUCGGGACCUCCUGGUAGUUACCCAGCUCCUCAGUCAGUGCAUUCGGGACCUCCUGAUAUGACGCGAGCUUCCAGACGCUUUGGACCUCCAUCAAAGCAAAAAAAUGUUUCUGGUACCUCUGAUAAGCGCCAGUCCAGCGGGGGAUCAAACCCGGAAAAGCAGUCAAAUCAGGCUCCACAAAGCAAGCCUCCCACGACGCCAACUGAGCCAAGUGAAGAGAUUGACUAUAGUCUGCCACAGAAGCCGGUAACAAAGCUUCCUCCUCCAUAUCAACAUCCGGCACAUCUAGUCAACCAAAACAGGUUGGAUAAGCGGCGUAAUCAGCGAAGCCAGAAGCAGCAAGAGCGGAGCUUGUCCAACCGGGAUAAGGGUAACCAAAAUGGAGGUGCCAAUAACCGACGAAAUUCUAGUCAUAGGAAGCAAAACACUUCCAAUAAAAGCGACAGUCCACGAUUUCGCAAGAGAUCUAGAGACGGCGCUCCAGUUGAGGAUGCAAAAUCGGCUCCCAAGACUCAGAGUUCGCCCAGUAGACUUGAGGAAGAUGUUGAGUCAAAUGAGACAUCGACGCCUCUCAAGACCUCUGAGAGUGAACUGCCUACUGAAGUAGGCUCUAGUAAUCUAGAAGCUACAAAGCUCCAUGAUCAGGAGGAGUCAAACGUUGCAGACCAGCCGAAGGAGAACUCAGACGACGUCAAAGACGCCAGUCUCAACUCCGAUGGCGGGGAUACAAAUAAACUCACGCACGAUGAUUCUGCUACAGACGUCGUCAGCAAGGAUAUAGAGCGUGCAGAUACUGCUGAAAAUGACUCUCCUAUCAACACAGAGGCAAAGCUCUCAGCUGAUGAACCUGAUGUCAAGCAACAAUGCUCAGAGGAGGCAAACCUCAAGACAUCUGUUGAUGCAGGGGAGCCAAGCGAUCGUCAAGAAAUUGGACGAAAGCGUAGACACACAGAUGAGGAGGAUGACUCUCAAGAUCGUCUUUACAAAAGACGAAAGUCAUCUGAAACUGAGGGUCAACCCACGGAGUCACUUCAGGUGAACGAAGGUGAAAAUGGUCCUCACUCGUCUGAACAUAUCAGCCUCGCUGCUCCACUUGAAGAGCAAUUGCCCACAAAUAGGAGAGAUUCUAUUCUUAGCAACGAAUCCCGGCCUGCCUCAAGAAGGUCAUCCAUCUCGAGUCGAUCCUCGGGAUUGGACUCGUUGGAGCUGGAGCUUCUCGGUCUUCCCGUCAAAGGGGAAUCAAAGACUGAGAAGUCAAAGAAGAAGUCAGAGGGCCGUGGGGUUGUCAAGAAGCGACAGCCGGUCAACUCUGCUUAUAAUCGCCGAUGGUAA